AUGUGGACCGCGAUUUCAAGUUACAUUUGGGGCGAAACAGACGAGCAACUUGUCCCGGGAUCGGUCGACGACACCCAAAGCGUCGAUGACGACUGGAUUUUAGUGGACGUUCAAAAAGGCAAAAAAUGUGGUGAGUGGAAACUUCUAUGCCUAAAUUAUGUCUUUGAAAUGUUAUUCAAAGCGAAAAUGGGCGAAAGAUGCAUCCAUUUCUUCAGCAGAUCUUGUAUUUCAAAGAAUACAUUUUCACGCAUUUCACUUUGCCGGUUAUUGUUUUGAACUCAAGAUGUGUUCGUCACGACAAUGCUAAAUUGGGUUGCACCACUAUGGUGACAUCAUAUUUCCUUCUCCGUUAUCGCUAAAUUGGCAUUACCCCAGAAUCAUCUCUCACUUUUAUUCUCCACAGACGAGAAAGAAAACGAUGAUCCUAAGUUAAAAGCCCAAAUCCAACUGGAGGAAAGUUGGUACGUUACUCCACCGCCUUGCUUUGAGGCGAGCGGGCUUUCCCCCGAAGUUUUGGAAGCAAGCCCGAUGGAGGAUCUUCUUAUCGAACAUCCCAGUAUGUCUGUGUAUGGUCCAGGUAUAAGACGGCAUUCUCCUUCACUUUCCUCAACAUCCCGGAAUUCUAGCACAGCUAGAAACGGAGAAGAGGUCGUGGAAAGGAGGGAACCGCGUCGUACUGUCCAAUUCCAAGCGCAGCUCGAGUUAAUUGAAAAGAGGCGACAAACCGAACCUCCGCUCCAAGGCAGCAUUCGCGCCAACAGAAAGAACUUAAAAAAGCAAAAUAUGGUUCAUUUUCAGAAUAAUUCUAGAAGCAAACGAAAUAAAAAACGAAAUAGGAUGCUAGGAAAACACGUUGGACUACACGGCAAAAGGGGCUGUUGA